AUGUCUUGUAACGGAGAUUGCGCUAAUUGCCCAAUGAAAGGUUCAUGCAGUUCCGGCAUAGUUCCUGAAGCUUUGAAGGAUAGCAUCAGGAAAGUAGGCGAAGCAAUGGAGCCUGUCCAAUAUAAAAUCCUCGUUUUGAGUGGCAAAGGCGGAGUUGGAAAGUCAACAACAACAUACCUACUUACAAGAAGACUUGCUGCCGAUAUGUCUGUCGGUGUUCUUGAUUUAGAUCUUUGCGGUCCAUCAAUGCCUCUUCUUUUCGAAGCAGAAAACGAAAAAUUACGUCAAACAUCAUUAGGUAUUUCACCAUUAAACGUUGAUGAAAAUAUUAACCUUGUCAGCACACAAUUUUUCCUCGAAAACAAAGAUGAUCCAAUUAUUGCACGUGGUGGUGUUAAAAAUCAGAUGGUUUUACAGCUCUUAUCAGAUGUUGAUUGGAGUGAAGCCGAAAUAAUGCUUAUUGAUACUCCUCCAGGCACUUCUGAUGAACACCUUUCAAUUGUCAGUUUUAUGAAAGAUGCUGGUGUCACAGGUGCUGUCAUUGUUACUACACCAGAAGAAGUCGCAAUUUCAGAUGUCAGAAGAGAAAUCAGAUUUUGCAAGAAAUCUAACAUCCGCGUUCUUGGUAUCAUCGAAAAUAUGGCGUCAUACCAUUGCCCACACUGUGGUAAGGAUAGUAGUAUCUAUCCAAGGACAAAUGGCGGCGCUGAGAAAAUGUGCCAAGAAGAAGGUGUUGAAUACCUUGGUAGUGUACCAAUUGAUCCAACAUUAGUCGCUGGACUUGUAGGAAAGAGUCAUCAAAUCGCACCAACCGUCAAAGAAUCAAUUGAUUCAAUUGUUGGAAAAAUCAUGGAUGCUGUAUCAAAAUAG